AUGUUUACAACAAUCACCUCAAACUUCAAAACGCACACACAUCCAACUGUUUGUUUACGUUUUUCUGCCCGGAUUAGCUGUAUCCUUCUCGGCUUCUCGCACAAUUUCGUCGCUCAUUCUAGCCGCAACGAAUUCGCCGUGAGCCCCUUCCAUCAGUGUUGCCAGUUCAUUGAUCAUGAAAUAACGGAAGUUCAACAUGGAUUUGGGUUUACAUUAUGAGGUGGAACAGGUGAUAUUAUAUGGACAUAAUCCAGUUGAAUUAGAAUAGAAACAACAAUUUUUGUAUUGGUUGAGACACUAAUGAAAAAGCUGGCCCAGGCUGCCAGUUCUCCCGUUCACCACCGAUUUAUUGACUGGUGUAUUACUUUGAAGGAAAUAACGGAAGUUCAACA